AUGGCUGUUGUAAUUGAGCAACUACCGGAUGGAGUCACCUGCCGAGCGGGGCUUUUGAAGCCGCAAUUAGCUAGGCGUCUGGUAAGGGAAUAUAAAGAUGACGGCGCCACUAGCGUUUUCGAAGCGGCGCCAGAAGCAGUGCUCGUCGACUUGCCAUUCCGAAAACUCAUUUUCGAGUCCAGGGUCGUGCAACGACUCUUCUACGAAAUGGAGACAUCGGACGGACCUUCUUAUGCCAGAAAGCAUAUAUCGCAGAACAACCUCCUUUUGUUGGACCCUAUUAGACUAGGUGCGUGCCUCAACCAACGGCUGGAUUCGGCGAGGCGACAAUUGCUCAUGCGAUGCUUCUCAGUUGACGUGUGGUUGCAGUUUUUUAAAAUGGUUAGCUUAGGUAUAGGUGAAAAGAUACGAAAAUUGUGCGCCUGGUCAACGCACCCCUGGUUAGAUGACGAAUUUCUGUACAGAUUGGAGGACCUGCAGCUAGAGCUGGUCCGCCUUAAGUCUAGAAUAGCAAAACACGAAACAUCUGCAUAUAUUGGGCCGGAUAUGGCGAAUACAAUAGGGGAUGCUUGCAGUGAUGUCCUCACUAUUGCCCAUAAAUUUGAUGACGACUGGGGCACCGUAGGGGAAACUAGUCGCACAGUCAAAAAAUUGUGUAACUAUCUAUCGCAGCAUAUCGCAGAGGUCAAAAGGCUAUUCACGGAAGCAGCUGGUGGCAAGGACGGAAUGGAUGUGCAUGCAUCUGCUGAGGGCGGAGUUGGGAUUAAAGCUGUCAAACUGCUUGAAAUGUCCAACGGCAUUGCAAAUUUCGUAUCACAAACCGCAUUAGAUCUAAGUGUAGCGAAGAUGAAGUUGCUCGAGAAACGUUCCGAACUGUGUCAGAAACCCGGAGCUUUUGCCAUGCUCGAGGCUGAUGUAUUUAAGCGUGGCAUACAGACGUCGGAAUAUGCACACGAUGACGUCAUGCAAAUGCUGAUCCUAUCGCACUGCAUAGAAGCAUACGGUAUUAGGGAGUGGUGUGCUCGUUUUUUUAUCGAAAUACGCACACCAGCGGUACGAGAGCUGCGGAAUAACAUGGCGUUAGCUGGGGAUGGUCGAAUAAUGAAAGAGGAAUCGUCGCCAUUCUUCAGAACAGCCGGUGCCGUAGCUCCAGACGUUGAAGAUUUCGUAACCCUUAUACCAAUGCGUUUGGCUCGCUACAUUUGUGAAAUGUGCGACAAGAAUUAA